AUGAUUGGAAUUGGUGGUACGGUCGGUACUGGUGUGUUUGCUACAUCGGGUUUUAUUGCAAGUCAAUAUGCCGGUCCUGCUGCUACUUUAUCAUGGUUUUUUGCAGGUAUUGGGUGUAUCUUAAGUGGAUUAAGCUUCAUGGAGCUUGCUUGUAUUAUCCCUACAGCAGGUAGUACAUAUGCUUAUGCCUAUUAUGCAUUAGGUGAAUUACCAGCAUUAAUUGCUGGCUUUCUCUUAACAUUAGAGUAUGGUGUCUCGAGUGCCGGUGGAGCACGUAGUUGGAGUGAUAAAUUAACACAAUGGAUGGAAUCUCAACUUGGCGUACAAGGUCCAACAUGGAUGAAGCCAAAGGACUCAGUAAUAGACCUCUACGCUGGUCUAUUAAUGGCUGCAAGUACAGUGAUUGUACUCUGUGGCAUGAAAGCUGGAAAACGCGUGGUAAAUGUCGUGACAAUGACUAAAAUUACUGUCAUCGUGUUUAUUAUUCUAGUCGGAUUGAGUCAUUUUAAUGUGGACAAAAUUCUACCAUUUGUACCAGAUGAACGGAUUGUACAAAGGAAUGGUGAAGACCACGUCGCAUUUGGUUGGCCUGGUAUCUUGUUUGGCACAAGUGCAAGUUUCUAUGGCUAUAUUGGCUAUGAUGAAGUAUGUUGUCUUGCAGGAGAAGCGAAAAACCCCGCAAGGAACAUUCCACGAGCAGUAGUCUGGACGAUUGUUGGUGCUGCUACGUUGAGCAUUCUCGCGACCUUUGCACUUGUUGGAAUGCAAAAGUACACGGAAAUUGACGCAGAGGAAUCGUAUGGAAAUGCAUUUACUAGUUUAGGACUGGAUUGGGCAGCGUCAUUUGUUGCGUCUGGGGAAGUACUGACGAUGCCUGUCACAUCGUUCAUUGGAUUCCUGGCGCAACCGCGCCUGCAGUAUGCACUGGCCAAGGAUGGAUUGUUGCCAUCGGUGUUUGCUGAGGUUGACGGAAACGGUGACCUUUUUCGUGGUACACUGUUAUGUGGAAUUGGAGUUACGUUGCUUGCCGUGUUUGUGCCAUUUCACGUGCUCUGGAACUUUAUUUCGCUCGGAAUUCUGGUCGCAUUUAAUCUAACAAACAGCUCGCUACUCUUUGUUCGUGCUUUAAACAACACUCAAACGCAAGUAAGUGAAACGAAAGAGUUAUCGCUAAAGCAUUCACACGGCGCUAUGAUUGUUGGAUACGUUGUGUCCUCUUUUCUUGCGGCAUUUCACUGGCAAAAGGGUGUCGUUGGUCGCGUUUCGAAUUCCGCAAGUACAAAUAUCUCGAUUUUUGAUAGCUACAUGCAGACGGUGGGGCCGUUUGUUGCUGCUUUCUUCACGGUGAUUGCCAUUGCGCUUAUGUUCUUGAUGAGCGAUGCUGAGAGGGUGCAGGCCAUCUCAACAACUACGGCUACUGCUGCGUCAGAACUGAAGGCUAAAUCUCACGCUCCCGUGGAGAUUGUUUUGUCUUCAAAGAAGCAGCAAGACUUAUUGGAGACUGGUCGCGCGAGCUGUCGUCGUAGAAGCCGCUCCUCGGAUCGAGAAGAUGGUGAAGACAACCUAAAGAUCGAAGACGAUGAUGAAGUCGAGCAUGCAGCAACGUUGCUCGAGCAAACUUCUCGCCACGACCAAAAUCGUACACAUCCCGACGGGGUCACAGGAGGCAGCAGUGAGGGCGAUGAGGACAAGAUUGAGUCGUCCAACAUCAGUCGCGACGGAGAUGAUAGCAGUGAAGAGGUGUCAGCAUUCCGCGCACCGUUCGUGCCUUUUACGCCGUGCGUGGCUAUCUUUUUCAACUGGUUUUUGUUCGCUCAAAUGGAUGGUGCUAGCGUGGCGCUUAUUUCAGUUUGGUUGCUACUUGCUGUGACUGUCUACUUUGGAUACAGCCGCCACCACAGUCUUGCUUUCCAGCAAACUCAGUAUUUCCAACUUGCGCAGCAGUAA